AUGACGGCGACGGAGACGCGCGAGCGAUUAACGCGAUCGAGAGAGAUACACGCGCGAAUCGCCGACGCGCUGGACGUGGAGGUGGCGCGGCGACGGCGGUUGAUGGAGGCGUUCGCGCGCGCCGGGACGGCGCCGCCGCGGGAGGACGACGACGCGCGCGCGGACGCGCGCGCGACGGUCGACGCGUCGUCGACGGUCGAUCUCGAUGCCCCGGAUGGUGAUUUGAGCGAUGUCACGAACGCCAAGGCGGCGCUCGCGCGGUCGCAGGCAAAGGCGAGGAUGACGUUGGCCGAGGCGUCGAAGACGCGCGCGAGAAACGACGCGUUGGAGAAAGCGCUCGCGGACGCCGGCGUGGAGAUCCCGCGAGCCUGUGAAUAG